AUGAACCGGCAAACUUACAGCAUGAGAGCUGGAGGUGGAGGCAGAUCUUACAGCGCUGCCUCAGCUAUUAUUCCAAGUGGCAACAGGGCUGGCUUUAGUUCGAUGUCCGUGGCACGAUCUGGAGGAGGUGGAGGGGGUUUUGGAAGGCUCAUCGGAGGAGGUGGCGGCGGUUUUGGCAGCAGGAGCCUCUACAACCUUGGUGGUAGCAAGAGGAUAUCCAUCGGUGUUGGAAGCAGCUUCCGAGCUGCUUUUGGGAGUGGAGCUGGUGGUGGCUCUGGCCUGAGAGGUGGCGGUAGUGGUGGUGGUGGACUUGGUGGUGGCAGAGCUGGUGGUAGUCUUGGACUUGGUCUCGGUGGUGGAGGUGGUGGAUAUGGCUUUGGUGGAGGUGCUGGUGGGCUUGGCUUUGGUGGUGGACAGGGAGGUGGUGGAGGGUUUGGCUUUGGUGGAGCAAGGGGACUGGGAGGAUUCAGUGGAGGGCUGGGUGGUGGCAGGAACCCAUUGGGAUUUGGUGGUGGUCCACCUGGAGGCAGUACAAUCCAAGAAGUGACUGUCAACCAGAGUCUCCUGGCACCGCUGAACCUGGAGAUAGAUCCAAACAUCCAUCAGGUGCGAAAAGAUGAGAAGGAGCAAAUCAAGACCCUCAACAACAAGUUCGCUUCUUUCAUUGACAAGGUUCGCUUCCUGGAGCAGCAGAACAAGGUGCUUGAGACCAAAUGGACCCUCCUGCAGGAUCAGGGUCAAAAAAACAACUCAGGCAAAAACAACCUGGACCCACUCUUUGAGGCUUACAUCAACAACUUGAAACGGCAGCUGGCCAACCUGCUCAACGAGAGAGGACGCAUGGACGGGGAGCUGAAGAACAUGCAAGACCUCGUUGAGGAUUUCAAGAACAAAUAUGAAGAGGAAAUCAACCGACGCACAGCAGCGGAGAACGAAUUUGUGGUCCUGAAGAAGGAUGUGGAUGCUGCUUACAUGAACAAGGUGGAGCUGGAGGCCAAGGUGGAUGCCCUGACCGACGAACUCAGUUUCCUCCGAGCCCUCUACGAUGCGGAGCUGGCUCAGCUCAGUGCGCAAGUGUCCGACACCGCCGUCAUUCUGACAAUGGACAACAACCGGGACCUGGACCUCAGCAGCAUCAUAGCUGAAGUCAAAGCUCAGUACGAAGACAUUGCUAACAGGAGCCGGGCCGAGGCGGAGGCUUGGUACCAAACCAAGUUCGAGGAGCUGCAGGCCACAGCUGGGAAGCACGGGGACGACCUGCGCAACACAAAGUGGGAAAUCUCUGAGCUCAACCGGCUGAUCCAGAGGAUCCGGUCAGAGAUAGAGAACACGAGGAACCAGUGUGCCACCCUGCAGACGGCCAUCGGAGACUCCGAGGAGCGUGGGGAGCUGGCCCUCAAAGAUGCCAAGGCAAAGAUGAUUGACCUGGAAGAUGCCCUGCAGAAAGCCAAAGCUGACAUGGCCCGGCAGCUCCGUGAGUACCAGGAGCUCAUGAACAUCAAGCUGGCCCUGGACAUUGAGAUCGCGACCUACAGGAAGCUGCUGGAGGGCGAGGAGAGCAGGCUGAGCGGAGAGGGACUCAACCCCAUCAGCUACUCUGUCACGCACACCAGCUCUGGCAUGGCUGGUGGAGCUGGGUUAGGAGGAGGAGCUGGUGGACUGAGCCUAAGCGGAGGAGGCGGUGGAAGCAGUUUCAGUCUUGGAGGAGGCGACGGAAGCAGUUUCAGUCUUGGAGGAGGCGGCGGAAGUGGUUUUGGUCUUGGAGGUGGCGGUGGUGGAGGCUACAGCUUUGGAAGCGGAGGAGGACUUGGACUCGGGGGUGGUGGUGGUCUCGGAGGUGAAUUUGGAGGAUGCAGUGGUCUCGGCAUUGCGAGCGGUCUUGGCUAUGGAGGAGGUGGCAGCAGUGGUCUGAGUACCAGCGGAGGGAAUUUCAGCUCUGGAAGUGCAAAAGGCACGAACCCAGGUGUCAAAAUCUUCUCCAAAACCUCCUCCAGCAAAAAGAGCAUAAAAAGCCAAAGCCUGAAGAAUGCUACACAGCCCGAGUAA